CGACACAUACCGCGCGUACCUGCCACAAACGCAUAAACGCGGCACGCUUCGCGAUUAUGAUGAACCGAACACAACAUUACACGCAAUUAUUCAGUGAAAUAAUGUAAAUAAUAACGUUAAUUAACAUUUAGUAUAGUUUUAGUGCAGUGUGAAACCGUGAGCAUUGUUUACCGGCCGGCGAAAGCACGCGACAACGCUCCCGAAAAAAAAAAACUCAAAUGUCCGUGCAAGUGAGGAUGCUUGUGUCAGUCAGUGUAGUGUGUUAAAAUAGGUAAAUGUAUAAACGGCGUGCUAUGAUCGUAUGAGGAAGAAAAGCACAAGGAACAUUAUGUCGGUGGGGCUGCAGCGGCGCGUGCCGGCGCUGGACGAGACCGGCGGCGGCGUGCCAGCGGCGUGGAAGAGCGGCAACAGCGAGCCGCCAUUCGCGUCGUUCGCGCCGCCAGCCGGCUCCCCGGCCGGGCCGGCGUUCGCCGCCUCGCCGGCUCCAUCGACGCCCGGUCCGGGGUUUGCGGGCCCGCCAUACGCGGCGCCCGGCCCCUUCGGCUCGCCCUCAGCGCGGCCGGGCUCCGGCGGCGGGUUUCCACCGGGGCCCCCGCAACAGCCACACUUCCCAGGGCCGGGGUUUGCGCCCCCGGGCUCUCCCUUCCACCCGCACCCCCCACAUCCGCCUAUGCCGCCACACCCGCAUAUGAUGGCACCCUUGCCGCCGCCUGUUGACAGGCGGCACGCUCCAUAUUUCGGACAACCAGACUACAGAGUUUAUGAACUGAAUAAGCGGUUACAACAGAGGACAGAGGACUCAGAUAACCUGUGGUGGGACGCGUUCGCGACAGAGUUCUUCGAGGACGACGCGACGCUAACACUCACCUUCUGUUUAGAAGACGGACCUAAGAGAUACACGAUAGGCAGGACGCUGAUACCUCGAUACUUUCGCAGUAUAUAUGAGGGAGGCGUCUCAGAACUGUACUACACGAUGCGGCAGCCCAAGGAAUCGUUUCACAACACGAGCAUAACGUUGGACUGCGAUCACUGUACCAUGGUCACGCACCAUGGGAAACCUAUGUUCACUAAAGUAAGUAGAAUUGUCAUAAAAUACAGAAUUAUCUACGGCUCGUCCCCGCUUCGCACGGCUUUGUUAUGCGUGAUCCUGGAGCCGAUGCAGGAGUUGAUGUCCCGUCACAAGGCGUACGCUCUGUCGCCGCGCGACUGCCUCAAGACUACACUCUUCCAGAAGUGGCAACGGAUGGUGGCGCCACCUGAGUCGCAGCGUCCAGCCAGCAAGCGACGCAAGCGCAAGGGUAGCGGCGGACCCAACGCGGCGCCGCCCGCGCCCGCCAAGAAACGAUCGCCCGGACCUAACUUCAGUCUCGCCUCGCAGGAUGUAAUGGUGGUAGGAGAACCAUCUCUAAUGGGCGGAGAGUUCGGAGAUGAAGACGAGCGCCUCAUAACUCGUCUGGAGAACACCCAGUACGAGGGAGCAGACGACUGGAGCGCUCCCCCCCCUGCCUCGCCUGCCAAGACUCCGCCCAACCACUGACACCCCACCCUGCCACCCUGCCAUCUCGCGCCCUGACCGUACUCCACCCUGUAACCUAGGUCAGGUCUUUUAUAUGUCUAGAGAACUACUCUAUCGAAAUAAAGACAGAUAUUUAAACAUUCAAAACGUUUGGUCCGUUAUGUAACUUGUUUUAAAAUGUUCCUAUAUUAGGUUUUCUUAUGAAAAUAUUUCCUCGUUCUACGAUUUUCUUCGUUUACAAAGAUAAAGAUGUAUUCUGAUUGUCUCCUGUGUCGUGUGUACGUUUACAAACAUACAAGUUCACCUACACAUCACACACAGACAGACACGGAACAAAUCUUUCAUGAACUGUUAUCGGUAAAUCUUUCAGUUAGCGCCAGUCGCUUGCCAAUCUCAUGGUGAUUAAACACGUUAAAAAUCCUGUUUUAUUCUCAGUAUUUCGGGAAAUUUUUCCAAAGAAAGUUGAUUUUACUUCAUAAAAUCUUUAUAAUGAUAUUUCUGCCUCUGACUGCCUCGUUGGCCGAGUGGUCGCAAGUGCGAUUGCCGGGCAAGGGGUCUCGGGUUCGAUUCCUGGGUCGG